AUGGGUCCGUCGCAGAAGCACGUGUUGAAUCUCCACAUGGGAUCGGCGCCCGUGUCAGCCACGCUCCACCCGUCCGUGCUCUUCAGCAUCUGCGACUCGUUCAUUCGCCGCAACGAAGACACGCAGCGCGUCAUCGGAUCGCUUUUAGGAGUCGUUCAUCCCGACGGCACUGUAGACAUCCGUAACGCGUAUGCCGUCCCUCAUAACGAGAUCAGUGACACGGUGGCGCUGGACAUCGAGUAUCAUCGCACCAUGGCGGAGCUCAGCCAGCGCGUCAACCCCAAGGAGACCAUCGUCGGAUGGUACUCUACCGGUUCAGGUGUCAGCCCAUUCGACGUUCUGAUCCACGAUUUCUACACCAAGGAGGCGGGCCACCCCAUCCACCUCACCAUCGACACCACCUUCCAGUCGCUCGCCGCCGGCGCGUCCGGCCAAUCAGGCGGCGCCACGUCAGCGGUGCGCGCGUACGUGUCGACGCCGCUGUUCAUUGGCGAGAAGCAGCUGGCGGCGGCGUUUCAGGAGAUUGAGGUGGAUAUGCGGAUGGCAGAUGCUGAGAAAAUCGGAUUUGACAACCUGCGCCGCACAUCAGUGGAGCGCCUACCAGCGGACAUGGAGGGUCUGGAGGCCACCAUGGGGCGGCUGCAGGGCAUGGUGGAUGGUGCGCUGGCAUAUGCGACUGAUGUUGUGGAGGGCAAGAGGGAGGCGGACAACGAGGUUGGCAGGGCGCUGUGGGAUGCCGUGGCAGCAGUGCCGCGCAUCAGCACAGAGGCCUUCGACCGGCUCUUUAACAACAGUGUGCAGGACGUGCUUUUGGUGCUGUACCUGGCCAACCUCACCCGCGCGCAGUUGGCACUAGCAGACAAGCUCAACACAGCCGCCCAACAACUGUAG